UUGAUUAGCAUCGAACAGCCUCGCAGUUUCAGUGCCUGGCUGCUCCCUGCCUGUGAAGUUGAUUAUUAUUAUUAUUAUUAUUAUUAUUAUUGAAGGAAUGUUACCAUUGGCCACUUUGGUUACCACUGAAGGACCUCGCAGCUUCAGUGCCUGGCUGCUUCCUGCCUGUGAAGAUUAUUAUUAUUAUUAUUAUUAUUAUUGAUGGAAUGCUGCCUUGGUUAGCAUCGAAUGGCCUUGCAGCUUCAGUGCCUGCCUGCUCCUUGCCUGUUUAUUAUCAUUAUCAUUAUUAUUAUUGAGGGAAUUUUGUCGUUGGCCACCUUGGUUAGCACUGAAGAGCCUCGCAGCUUCAGUGUCUGGCUGCUCCCUGCCUGUGAAGUUUAUUAUUAUUAUUAUAAAGGGGGAGUAACUGAGAGUAAUUGGGGGGGGGGGGGGGGAAUUAGGUUGUCAGAAGCUGGGGCUAACCGCGGGAGCUCUCCCCGCCCCCCUCCCUGGGUGGCGUCGGCGUGCCUCUGUUUCGCGGGGCGACGUGGGCCAGGCCCCUCCCUCUUGUUUCCCUCACCACGACGACGACGAGGAGGAGGAGGAGGAGCAUGGCGACGCCUUCUUCGGCUUCUUCGUCUUCGCGCCGAGGGAGAGGAGGAGGAGGAGGAGGCCCCGGAGUUUGGCCGGGGAGGAGGCCUCCCCGCCGGGCCCGCGUCUCGCCGCCUCCCCCGGCUCCGCUCCCGGCCAGGCCUCGCCGGAGGGCGGCGGCGGCGGCGGCGGCGGCGGGGGGCUCGGUGCAGGCCUCGCUGCUCCCGCCUCCCCCGGCCUCGUCCCCGAUCCUGCUCCACCUCCUCCGCCGCCGCCGCGCCGUCACCGUGGACAGCUCCAAGGCCCGCACCUCCCUCCAGGCCCUCAAGAGGAGCCUUAAGCAGCUGCGAUGGAAGGAGUUUCCCUUCGGCCGGCGCUUGCCCUGCGACAUCUACUGGCACGGGGUGUCGUUUCACGACAACGCCAUCUAUUCCGGCCUGGUCAACAAAUUCCCAGGUGCACAUGAUCAAGGACACCAACCCGUCCUGGAGGCCCACCUUCAUCGUGAAGCCCGACGGCGGGUGCCAGGGGGACGGGAUCUACCUCAUCAAGGACCCCGGGGACGUGCGGAUGACGAGCAAUCUGCAGACGCGCCCGGCGGUGGUCCAGGAGUACAUCUCCAAGCCCCUCCUGAUCGACAAGCUCAAGUUCGACAUCCGCCUGUACGUCCUGCUGAAGUCGCUGGAGCCGCUGGAGGUGUACGUGGCGCGGGACGGGCUGUGCCGCUUCUGCACGGAGCCCUACCAGGAGCCCCACCUCAAGAACCUCCACCUGGUCUUCAUGCACCUCACCAACUACUCCCUCAACGUCCACAGCGGGAACUUUGUCCACUCGGACAGCGGCAACACCGGGAGCAAGCGCACCUUCUCCAGCGUCCUCGAGAGGCUCUCGUCCGGCGGCGUGGAGGUCCGCAAGGUCUGGUCCGACAUCAUUGCGCUGGUCAUCAAGACCGUCAUCGCCAUGGUGCCCGAGCUGAAGGUCCACUACCAGUCGGAGCUCCCCGCGGGGAAGCCGGGACCCUCCUGCUUCCAGAUUUUAGGGUUCGACAUCCUCCUGAUGAAGAACCUGAAGCCCAUUCUGCUGGAGGUGAACGCCAACCCCAGCAUGAAAAUAGAGCACGAGAAAGAGGUUUCCCCAGGAGUCAUCGAGUACUUCCCGAGCCCCGUCGACGAGGAAAUCAAGGUGGCCGUCAUCCGGGACACCCUCCGCUUGGUGGAUCCUCGAAAGAAGAAGAACCAGCAGGGAGAAGCCAGCAGAGCGGAGCCUGUGCCUCUGGAUGAAGAAGAGGAGGAGGAGGAGGAGGAGGAGGAGGAGGAGGAGGAGGAAGGCUUCCUGGACGAGGCGUCGAUGGUCAGGCUGGAGCUGGGCGGCCGGGAGGGCUCCGUGGGGGAGACGGCGGUGCCCUCGCUGUGCCUGAAGCAGGUCUUCCCCAAGUACGCCAAGCAGUUCAACUUCCUGCGGCUGGUGGAGCGCGUGGCCGCACUCUUCAUCCGCUUCCUGGGCGUCAAAGGCACCACCAAGCUGGGACCCACCGCCUUCCGGACAUUUAUAAGGAACAGCCGGGUGAGCAACAGCGGGUUCAGCAUGGCCGCGGCCGACAUCCUCUACAUCGACAUCACCCGGAGGGGCAGCGGCUACGGGGCCGAACAGAGGGACUCCGGGAUGGGCCUGCAGGCCUUUGUGGAGGGGCUGUGCUUCCUGGCCCAGCGGCGCUACAAGUCCCUGCCUUUGCACGAGCAGGUGGAGCUGCUGCUGGACUUCUGCGAGUGCAACCUGGCCGCGCUGGACCAGAAGCGCCAGGCCGGAGCGAGGCCCACCGCCCUGGUCACCUGCCGCCCGGACCGCCUGCAGCUCAGCCCCGGGCCCCACCCCUCGGACCCCGCCCGGCCCCCCCCCGCAGCCCCACACAGGCCCUGAAGGACCACCAGCACCACGACCCUCCGGAGCCCUAUUUUCCUAUUUAUUGACCCCACCGAGAUCCCAUUCGGGACGUCCGGCCACUGCGUCGUCCGGAGGAGCCGGCUCCGCUCGAGCCUUUCGCGCAGAAGCGACGGCACGGAUUCGGGCGCAGCGGGAUUCGGACGGAGCUCCGCACGAGAGAGAGAGACGGGACUCGCAGGAGAUGGCGUUUUUGGAGAACGGAAAUACUAUUUAUUUAUUUCAGACCUUUGUCGAGGGCUGAUUUAAUCGGGACGGACCGGAAAUAGUGCGCACGGCACGACCACGGCUUUUUGGGGUGCGAUGCGCGUGGGGAACGGACCCUUCCCGGGUUGGGUGUCCCUGCACGACCACGUCUUUUUGGGGGUGCGACGUGGUUGGGUUCCGUGAGUUGCAUGCCUGGGGAACCGGGGGGCACUAUUGACACCAAGCUUUGCACACUUCUGCGUCCUGUGAGCGUUCGUAAACACUUUGGCCCAGCUGCAUGUCUCAUCCUUGGCACUUUGGUUUCUCGGUUGUUAGACUGGCGUGCCUAGGCCUAGGCCAGCCUGUUCUGAAGGUGGGAAAAAACUCCAAAGGAGCCCUUCUUGGGGUUCUUCCUUUUGGGAAAUGGACCUCAGUCCUUGGAGAUGAACGUGCGCCAAUGAGAGGGUUGGGUGUCCCUGCACGACCACAGCUUUUUGGAAUACGACGUGGUUGGGUUCCGUGAGUUGCAUGCCUGGGGAACCGGGGGGCACAAUUGACACCCAUCCAAGGCAGCUUAGUACGCUUCUGCGCCCCACUAGCGUCCGUAAAUACUUGGGCCCGGCUGCACAGCUCAUCCUUGGCACUUUGGUUUCUCGGUUGUUAGACUGGCUUGCCUAGGCCUAGGCCAGCCUGUUCUGAAGGUGGGAAAAACCCCCAAAGGAGCCCUUCUUGGGGUUCUUCCUUUUGGGAAAUGGACCUCAGUCCAUUGAGAGGGCAUUCCUUAAAUGUAAACACAGCACAGAAUAAUAAUAAUAGUAAUAAUAGUAAUAAUAAUAAUAAUAAUAAUAAUAAUAAUAAUAAUAAUGCUGCUGCAGAGGAAAUUAGUCUCAAGAAACUCCAUUUCCCAGGAGGCUUAGCAAAGGGAAGAGGAAGGAGAGGGCCCUUGACGAGGCUCACCUGUCGGGCUUCUCGUCAGUCUCACCAGCUUCAGGUGGGACCAGGCCUCACGUGCAGGAGGAAACAAGGCUGCCUUUCCAGAACUGGUUUAGACUUCCAGAAGCUUCCAAAUCGAGUGAGUUUGGCCUCUCUUGGGCUGGUCUGUCUUUAUUCCAGGGAAGGGGCAAGUCACACUCUCUCGGCCACAAGGCUCGUCCCGAGUCCAUGCUGAGAAAACCCCUUGGAACAGGCCUGCCUGCUCUGAAGGUGGGAAAAAAACCCAAAUUAGCAUUUUUCUUGACAUUUCCCUAACCUUUUAGAGAUUUUAUCUCUUUGCAAAGCCAUGACCUGGUCAGAAGUCACAACUUUUGGAAAUGUUUGACUUCUGGUCAGAAACAUCAGUUAGAGUCAUAAGCUUUUAGGAAAAAAAUGGUGUUUGUGCAUGGCACUUAAAUUUCUCAGUUGUUAGACUGAUGCACCUAAGUAUCUUUUUGAACUGUUGGGGACACAAAUAUGCCAAUAGUCAAAAGCCACAACCUUUGGAAAAGUGUGACUUCUGGUCAAAAACAUCUCUUAGUAAUAAGCUUUUAGGAAAAAAAUGGUGUUUGUGCAUGGCACUUAAGUUUCUCAUUUGUUAGACUGAUGCACUUAAGUGUCUUUUUGAUCUGUUGGGGACAAAAAUAUGCCAAUAGUCAAAAGCCAUAACUUUUGGAAAAGUGUGACUUCUGGUCAAAAGCAUCUGUUAGAGUCAUAAGCUUUUUGGGGGUAAAAAUGGCGGCCGUGCAUGGCACUUAGGUUUCUCAGUUGUUAGACUGAUGCACUUAAGUGUCUUUUUGAUCUGUUGGGGACAAAAAUAUGCCAAUAGGCAAAAACCACAACCUUUGGAAAAUUGCGACUUCUGGUCAAAAGCAUCUGUUAGAGUCAUAAGCUUUUGGGGGGUAAAAAUGGCGUUCGUGCAUGGCACUUACAUUUCUCAGUUGUUAGACUGAUGCACUUAAGUGUCUUUUUGAACUGUUGGCGACAAAAAUAUGCCUAAAAAUACAAAACUGCAUUUGUGCAUGGCACUUAGGUUUCUCAGCUGUUAGACUGAUGUACCCAGGGAUCUUUUCGAACUGUUGGGGAGAAAAAAAAUAUGCCAACGGUCAAAAGCACAGCCCUUUAGGAGUCAUAACCUUUUGGGAAAAAAUGGCAUUCGUACAUGGCACUUAGGUGCAUCAGUCUAACAACUGAGCAACCUAAGUGUCUUUUUGAACUGUUGGGGACACAAAUAUGCCAAUAGUCAAAAGCCAUAACUUUUGGGAAAGUGCGACUUCUGGUCAAAAGCACAACCUGUUAGGAGUCAUAACCUAUUUGGGGGGAAAUUGUGUUCAUGCAUGGCACUUAGGUUUCUCAGCUGUUAGACUGAUGUACCUAGUUAUCUUUUCGAACUGUUGGGGACAAAAAUAUGCCAAAACAUACAUCACAAUUUUGGGGAAAUUGCAUUAAUACAUGGCACUUAGGUUUCUCAGCUGUUAGACUGAUGCACCCAGGUAUCUUUUUGAUCUGUUGGGGACAAAAAUAUGCCAAUAGGCAAAAGCCACAACCUUUGGAAAAGUGCGACUUCUGGUCAAAAGCACAACCUGUUAGGAGUCAUAGCCUAUUUGGGGAAAAAUGGCGUUCAUACAUGGCACUUAGGUUUCUCAGUUGUUAGACUGAUGCACCUAAGUAUCUUUUUGAACUGUUGGGGACAAAAAAAAACACAAACCAAAAAAUACAAAACUGCAUUUGUGCUUGGCACUUAGAUUUCUCAGCUGUUAGACUGAUGUACCCAGGGAUCUUUUCGAACUGUUGGGGACAAAAAAAAAAAAUAUAUGCCAACGGUCAAAAGCAUGACCUGUUUGGAGUCAUAAACUUGGGGGAAAAUGGUGGGUGUGCAUGGCACUUAGGUUUCUCAGUUGUUAGACUGAUGAACCCAGGGAUCGUUUUGAACUGUUGGGGACACAAAUAUGCCAAAAACCUUCAUAUAUUCAGCAUACAGGUACGGUUAGGAAUUGUGGGAGUUGGAGUCCACCGGGAGGGAGGGAGGGAGGGCCCAAGUUUGCCCACGCCUGCUGUAUGGCCAGGUGUAGGUGUUCCGUGAUUACACGGUCGCCCAUAAACCAGAAGGUCCCAACCUUUGGGUCCAGCCUUUGGACUUCAGCUCCCACACUCCCCAACCGCAGGGAUUUCUGGGAGUCGAAGUCCAACACUCCUGGAGGCCCAAAGGCUGGAACCACCGAUCUAUUGAUAGCAGGGAUUCUCAAACGUUGGUACUUUCGGUAAAAAGCAUAACCUGUUAAAGAAUCAUAAAUGGCGUUCAUGCAUGGCACUUGGGUUUCUCAGUUGUUAGACUGAUGCACCCAGGUAUCUUUUUGAACUGUUGGGGACACAAAUAUGCCAGUAGUCAAAAGCCAAAAACCUUUAGUCAGUAGUCCAAAAACCUUUGCAAAAGUGCGACUUCUGGUAAAAAGCACGACCUGUUAAAGAGUCAUAACCUUUUUGGGGGGGAAAGGGCACUUGUGCGUGGCACUUAGGUUUCUCAGUUGUUAGACUGAUGUACCUUGGUAUCGUUUUUGAACUGUUGGGAACAAAAAUAUGCCAAUGGUUAAAAGCACGACCUGUUAAGAGUCAUAACCUUUUGGGGGGGAAAUGGCGUUCAUGCAUGGCACUUGGGUUUCUCAGUUGUUAGACUGAUGCACCUAAGUGUCUUUUUGAACUGUUGGGGACACAAAUAUGCCAAGGCACAAAACACAUACAUAUGCACACACACAUAUCUGUGGGAUUAAUGCACACACCGCAUUAAUCCCACAGAGCAGAAGUCUUAGCUGUCCUUGCGAAUGUGAAAUUUGUGUGGCAGGCGGGACCUGCCGACGUUAUUCCGACCUCGUUUGUGUAAUUAUAUAUAUAUAUAUAUCUGUAUCUAUCGAAGGCUUUCACGACCGGAAUCGCCAGGUUAGGCUGCAAGUUUUCCAGGCUGCUUGGAUAUGUCCCAGCAUCAUUCUCUCCUGACGUUUCACCCACAUCUACGACAGACAUCCUCAGAGGCUGUGAGGUCUGUUGGAAAUGAGGCAAGUGGGGUUCAUCUAUCUAUCUAUCUGUGGAAUGUCACAUCCGAAUGUUGUAAUUGGCCUUGAUUGUCACGGAAUGGCCUUGCAGCUUCAAGGCCUGGCUGCUUCCUGCCUUGGGGAAGUGGGAACCCCUUGGUUGGGAGGUGGUCAGUGGUUCCCUUUGAUGUCUGGUAAGAACAACUUCCAGACAGGAAAACAAUCAGGGCCAGCUAACACCUCCCAACCAAGGAUUUCCCCCAGGCAGGAAGCAGCCAGGCUUUGAAGCUGCAUGGCCAUUCAGUGCUAAUCAAGCAACAUUCUGACUUUCCUCAAACAGGCAAGAGUUCGUUCUUUCUUUCUUUCAUUCCACACAACCUCUGCCGUAGAUAGAUGUGGGCGAAACGUCAGGAGAGCAUGCUUCCGGGGCAUGUCCAUGCAUCCUGGAAUACUCCCAGCAACCCAAUAAUUUAUUCUGUUUUGUUUAUUUGCACAAAAAAAGACCCAAAAUCCGGUGUUUUCCUUUGCGUGGGAGCGGGUUUGGAUCGCGUGUCCCUCGGGACCAAUGCCGAGCAGACCCCGGUCCUGCGUGUAACACGCAUGUAAACACAUGCCCAUUUGACAUGCAAUGAAUGGUGUGAAUAUCUGGGAAACAACGUGUAUCUCGUAUGUCUCCGGAUGCGUCCGCACGGUGGGAUUAGUCCACUUUGGCACCACUUGCGCCGCUUUGGCUCCAUGCGAGGGAAUCCUGGGAGUUGUAGUGCAUUGCGGAGAAGGCCAGGACCGCAUAGCAUUGGGCCGGUGGUUCCAAACCGCAUUAAUUCCUCUGUGGAGACGCACCGAGUGGGGCCCCUUACAGCCACAGCUAUUUCAAGGGCUCGGUCCCAUUUCCAAAACACUAAAGUUUUAAAGUUCGGACUAAAACCCAGAGCGGGUUUGCUUGUUUUGCUCUAAGCAUGAGAUGUAACUAUUGGCAACAUCGAACGUGAGCGAAGACACACUCACAACCACAGGAAUGCAUUAAAUUUUUGCCUGGUCUGCUC